CUCCCUUCCCUCACGGCGAGCUACCUUCUUCCCGCCGUGUGAGGCUCGCCCGGCCUCUGGAGCGCCUGCGCAGUAGGCGCUCCUCUUCCCCGGCUUUCCCUCACUCGGAGGAAGGAAAGAAGGAGGGACGGAGAAGGGGAAGGGGGAGGGGGAGGGGGAGGGGGAGGAUGGAGGAGGUGCCCGGCGGGGGCUGCUCCCGCUCUCGGCCGCUGGGCUGGAGAAGGUGCCAGCGGGCCGCGGGCCUCUGAGGCGUGGAAAGCGGGGGAGCUGGAAAGAGGGAGGCUCGCACACCUGAGGAGGAGGAAGCGGCGGCGCAGCUACCUGGCGAGUGAUUGGCACAGUUUCUUACGCUUCAUCCUCCCUCUGCUGCGGGACGGUCCUACCAGUUUGGGUCUGAUUCCCUCCACCUCUUUCCUAACAUCUGUUGGCUAUAAACACAGAAGGUUUAACAAGUGGGAUAACCAAACUCUCAUCUGCAAAAAUAACGGCCUUUCGGCAAAACAACCAGUUUUUGCUGGUAGUUAUUUUUCUCAAGAUGGAGGUGGAACCGGAAGCCUUCAGCCCGGCUGAAGAAGACACAAGCUCAGAAUCCACCUGCUACCAAUGCUCCACAUGCCGUGGCGAUGAGGAGUGGAGCUGUGCCAGCUCCAUGCGGGGGCGAGCCAAGACACGCAGCUUGUCUGCUUCUCCAGCCUUGGGCAGCACCAGAGAAUUCAGGAGGACGCGCUCCUUGCAUGGACCAUGCCCAGUGACCACGUUUGGACCAAAAGCCUGCAUGCUGCAGAACCCCAAAACUAUCAUGCACAUUCAGGACCCAGCAAGCCAGCGGUUGACAUGGAACAAACCUCCAAAGAGUGUCCUUGUUAUAAAAAAAAUCCGGGAUGCCAGUCUCCUGCAGCCCUUCAAAGACCUCUGCAUGUAUCUCACAGAGGUAAACAGUAUGAUUGUGUACGUGGAAAAGAAAGUCCUGGAAGACCCAGCCAUCAUAAACGAUGAUAGUUUUGGACCAGUGAAGAAGAAAUUUUGCACUUUCAGUGAAGACUAUGACGACAUCUCCAAUCAGAUAGACUUUAUCAUCUGCCUGGGGGGAGAUGGGACCUUGCUUUAUGCCUCUUCACUCUUCCCGGGCAGCGUGCCUCCCGUCAUGGCUUUCCACUUGGGGUCGCUGGGAUUUCUUACCCCGUUCAAUUUUGAGAACUUUCAGUCCCAAGUGACUCAGGUUAUAGAAGGCAAUGCAGCGCUUGUUCUCCGAAGCAGGCUUAAAGUGAAAGUUGUCAAGGAGCACAGAGAAAAGAAAGCGAUGAUUCAAAAUGGGAUUGAAGGAAAUGGGCUGAUAUCUCCGAGCCUAGAGAAAGAUGUCUUCAAGCAAGCCAUUCAAUAUCAGGUCCUGAAUGAAGUUGUAGUGGACCGGGGCCCUUCGUCGUACCUCUCCAACGUGGAUGUCUUCCUAGAUGGGCAUCUUAUAACCACGGUGCAAGGAGAUGGUGUCAUUGUCUCCACACCCACGGGCAGCACGGCGUACGCAGCUGCGGCGGGCGCUUCGAUGAUCCAUCCAAACGUCCCUGCAAUCAUGAUCACCCCCAUUUGCCCGCACUCGCUCUCCUUCCGGCCCAUCGUAGUUCCUGCUGGAGUGGAACUGAAGAUCAUGCUGUCUCCCGACGCCAGGAACACAGCAUGGGUUUCAUUUGACGGGCGGAAGAGACAGGAAAUCUGCCAUGGGGACAGUAUCAGCAUUACUACCUCUUGUUACCCUCUCCCUUCGAUCUGUUUCCAAGACCCCGUAAGUGACUGGUUUGAAAGCCUGGCCGAAUGUUUGCACUGGAACGUCCGGAAGAAGCAGAACAAUUUCGCCAUUGACGGGGAAGAAGAGUUUUGAGCGCUAGCUUGAGCGGAGUCCCGUGGGACGAGAGAAGGAGCAAGGGGCAGAAUUCCUUGUGUACAAAAUGUAUUUUUAAGCCUGUAGGUAUGGGGAGUAGACCAAUAUAAUAUAUAUAUAAUUUUUUUUAAAAGACAGCAAUGUACCUCAUAUCAGUCUGUUCUGUUGAUGACCAGAUCCCAUGUUGUUUUUCUGUCAGUCUGUUGGGAGGGCUCAAGAUGAGAGUCACGAGCGGGGGUGCUUUUUGGGCCUGGCAAAGAGAAGUGUUUACGGUUGUUCGUACCUGUGCAAUGUGUUUUCUGCACAACCUGUUUUCUAGCGAAAUGUUUUUGCAGAAGCCUUAUUAAAAUGAAUGAUGUUUCCUCGGA